UAACCCUAAUUUAAUUGAAUUGAAUGCCAAUGGCUACUACCGCCACGGUGAAUAUUGUUGUGAAACCUUCUUCGUCUAUCCCUUGUUUUGGUUCUCUGACGAGUGCUCAAAUUGAAGAAAUUAAGAGUGGUUGUGGCGCAAAGGAGGCGCCAGCUUGGAACAAGCCUUCAGAUGUGGUGGGGGUGGCCGCCCCCGAAGUUGCUGCUCCUGUUAUGGGGGAUGCAUUCUGGCCUGAUCUCUCCGAAUCCCUCAAAUCUCUCACUAAACCAGAGGGAAUGGAUGCAGCAGGAUCUCUGUCUUCGAAGAAAGAAGAAGAUGCUACUACUAGUGCAUCGACCCCGAAUUUACGACACGAGUCGGUGAAGCAGUGUAGCGGUGGUUCGAAUCAGAGCAGUAGUAAGCAGGAUAAUAAUGGUAGAUUAUACCAACCGCUGCCGCCGCCAGCACAAGGUGCUAUUAUUGGGGGUGCCCCUCUUACAAAUUCCGGCGUCGGUGGUUAUCGUCCUAUGGAAUCUAAUAGGGAGAACACGUAUAGAGACGGUGGAGUUGGAUUUACGUCUUAUAGGAAUAUCGGUGGGCCCCGUCCUCCUCCUCCUCUUCCUCUUCCUCAACGAAGCUAUGGUGGAAUCCAACACAGAGGAGUUAGGCCGCCCUUUAUCCGUGGACCACCGCUUCCAAUUGCGCCUUUCGUUCCACCUCCGCCGCCUCCUCCUCCUUUUGGUCCCCGACCCAUUGUUAACCCCAUGGUUUACCCAGAUGUGCCGCCACCGCCACCGCCACCGCCGCCGCAUUUUUACUAUGUACCUGGUGGACCUCCUCCUCGUCAAAAUUUCUUCAGGCCCAUGCCCAUGCGUAUGCCUAUGCUUCCGAUUCCACCGAUGUUUUUCCCGGUGCAAAAACCUGGCGUAUCGUCCCAGAUCUUGAAGCAGAUAGAGUAUUAUUUUAGUAAUGACAAUUUGGUGAAGGACAUUUUCUUGCGGCAGAAUAUGGAUGCCGAAGGAUGGGUUUCUAUCAAGCUAAUUGCAGGAUUCAGAAAAAUGAUGCAGUUGACAGACAGUGUUCAGCUUAUAAAGGAUUCCAUGCAAUCAUCGAAUAUUGUGGAAGUGCAGGCUGAUAAAUUAAGGCGAAAAAACGAUUGGAGCCGAUGGAUAAUAUCGCUGCCUGCUGCUUCGACAUGACAAUACUCGCACUCCCCAAUACUCGCAUGCACAGUUUUUUUUUU